UCGCUCCCUACCACAUUAUCUCGCUUUCGCCACGCCACACAACAUCACACGACCUCGCAGUCCACGCUAUCGUUCACAUUGGUACGGCCAUUUCGUCGCACUGCGUAAACAACCUCCAAAAAAUCGUCUUCAGAAUCCUCAAAAACACAACUCGAACAUCGAAAGUUCAUUAAUUUAUCGUUAAAAUGAGCAAAAUAAGAUCCGGUGUGAAGUAAACCAGAGAAGAUUUUGUUCGGACUGUGAUUUAAACAGAACGCGUGGAAUAAGACUGCUUCAAACUGUAUAAUUACUGUGUAGUAUUCCCAGUGAGAUGUUGGGGGAAAGUGUUGAUUGACAAGUUGAGUUCAGUUGUUAUUUGGGACUUGUUGCGAAUGUGUAUUGAAACGUUCACCGCUAUCCACGGGCGCACUGCUAUGCGCCACGAUUUGGUGCAUUUUAUAAGACACACUUCCUCUGACCACUAUUGCGAAGGAAGAAUUUAGUUAUCCUGGCGGGUCGCUAUUGAUGGCGUUACUCCGCAUCCAAGGCGAUUGGUAUAUUUAUAUUUGGCUUAUUUACUGCAAAAUCUAUUCGGCCAUUAUAUGGGUGUUCGGUAAUCACUGUCGCGGAGCUGAUAAGGUCCGUUCGGUGAUAACCGCCGGGGCCGGCGUACAGUCGCCCGCAGGCCUUCACCGAGUGCGCUCGCGCCGCAGACGAUCGCAGCACCAGACCCGAACCAAGCUCGUCGCGUUAGCCAGGAGACCUUCGCUGAGGAGAAUCGUGAUGGCCCCAGGAGCGAACGCCGCACACGCUAUGAUGGAGGAUAAAGAGAAGACCCUUCACGGAGCUUUAGCCACCGUGUCGAUGCGCACGCGCCGCAUCAGCCAGUUCGCGCCGCUGCUGAUAGCGCUGGUGGGGCUGCCUGCGCGCGGCAAGAGCCAGUUGGCUCACCGUCUCUCCAGGCACCUGAACUGGAAUGGAGAGAGCACUAAAGUGUUCGACUGCAGCGAGUACCGCCGCCGGCACAUGGCUCUCUACUGCAGCCACGACAUCUUCCGCGCCGACCACCAGCAAGGAUCCGCCAUCCGCCGCCAGAGCGCGCGUGAGGCGGUGCAGGACGCAGUGCUGUGGUUGAAGGACGGGAACAGUGUUGCUAUUUUUGACGGCACCAACAUAACCAAGGAGCAGCGUCGGGAGCUGAACGACUACUGUCUCAACGACAUGGGCUUCAGGAUCCUGUUCAUCGAGUGCGUCUGCGAGGACCAGGACAUGCUCGAGAGGAACAUCAUUGAGAUACUCCACUACUCCGCCGAUUACAAGAACAUGAGCGAGGUGGAGGCGGUCGAUGAUCUCAGGAAGAAGCUGGAGCAUUAUAUGCGUCAGUACGAGCCCAUUGACGCUGGUGUGGAGAACAUCAGCUUCGUCAGGGUCGAGAAUAUGGGCGAGACCGUCACCGCUCAUAAAGUGGCCGGGCAAAAGGAAUCCGGCAUCCUUGGAUACUUGUCCGGGAUGAGGGCUCUGCCUCAGACUCUUUACUUCACACGGCACGGUGAAAGCGAAUACAACGUGCUCGGGCGCAUCGGUGGCGACGCAUCGCUCUCGGCCCGCGGGCAGCUGUAUGCGCGCGCGCUGGCUGAACACAUGAACGCGAUCGGCACCCGUGACGCCAUUAACGUGUGGACCUCAGAACUUAGGCGCACCAAGCAGACGGCCGCGGAGAUCAGGGCCCCGAAGCGAGCUGUGAGGGCGCUCAACGAACUCGAUGCUGGAAUCUGCGAAGGCCUAACCUACGAGGAGAUGCAAGAGCGGUUCCCGCAAGAGUUCGCCUGGCGUGACCAGGACAAGCUGCGCUACCGUUACCCGUGGGGGGAGUCGUACAUCGAUAUCAUGACGCGCCUGCGCCCUGUGCUGUCGGCUUUGGAGGACGAACACAAUGUAGUGGUGGUUGGCCACCAGGCAGUACUGAGGUGCAUGCUCGGAUACUUCCUGGAUGCUAAGCUUGACGAACUGCCGUACAUGAACGUGCCUCUCCACACCAUCGUGAAGCUGACCUCGUACGGGUACAAGUACAACGUGGAGAUGAUCAAGAUGCCGAUCGACUGCGUCGACACGCAGCGCCAGCAGCCCAAGGUGAGCACGAACUGCUCCAUCACGAGGAGUGCGUCUGACGCGCUGGUGACGGUGCCGUCGCACUACGACACCCUCCCAUCCAACCUGUGGCAGAGCGCGACCGAGGCGCAGGUCUAGGCCUCCGGGCCCGGGGCCAGCUGCCCCGCACCUAGCACUAGGGCUCCGCCCUCGAGUGACGCCUGACCCGCCCGGGAGUGGUCCGCGGCUGUGAAACGCUGCGGACCGAAGACGCGACGCACACCCGUUGUGAGAGUCGACCUCCACGGAAACAGACUUUGGAGUGCUUGAUUCCUGUGUCGAAGCGCGUUGAAUUUACCUAGCUUUUAUUCUAAAUCUAGUAUUAGUCUGCGAGCGUGGAACGCUCGCCAACGAUCUGCGAUCACCCCGUUAGCUCAAUCGUAAUUUGUACAAAUUUUCACAUGUGACAGUGUAAGCUUCCAAUUAUUGUAAUAAGACUGAAAGGUGUAACCUAUCCAUGAUCCAAACCGAGUCAAAUUCAUUCGUUUUACACUAGAAACAUUUAUAGAUUAAUUAUUGUGUUCUUCGUAUAAGCAAGUAUGAGAUAGCUCCCUUAUCUUAUCGGUUCAUUAUUUUGGUUAGGUAAUAGUACGCUAUUUUAUCUAGUAUAAGCACGUCGAAUCUAAAUAUUUGCACGUAAUUUACUCUUAGGUUGCAGUUUUCAUUUUAGUAAAUAAAAAAAUAAGAAUCAUCUUUUUAGCACUUAUAUUAUUCGCAGUAUAGAGGGUCUUCAGUAAUGCUUGUAAUGUUUAAAUUAAGUAAUUUAGUUUUACAUUAAUUAAAAAUUGAACUAAUUAACAAUAUUUUUAAGUGGAAUGGAAUUAAUCUUACGUUUAGUUUAGAUAGUUGGUGGUUUUGCGAUAAUAUUUUGUGCUAUGCCUAAUUAUACGUUAUGUUCAUCUUUUGCAUUAUUAUCUUUAGUCCUAAGCCGGGAUUUGUUUCGCAAUUUAUUUUCAAGGGUUUUUGCUAUCAACUUGCUUACUGUAAUCUGUAAUGAAUGGACAUGGUGGCAGUAUCUGAGAUACUGGUCAGUUAGGGUAAGACGUACGUACUUAUAGUUUUUAAGAUUCUCUCUUACAGUACCUAGUUCUCCAUGUAUUGGUGUUAUUGAAUUUCUAAGAUUGGAUCACUUGCAAAGUUGCAACUGAUGUCAUGUUUGGCAUUUAGGAUCUAGCGAAGUAGCUGUUCGUAUUUUGCCACCGUAGAAGUUUAGGGUGGUAAAAUAGUAGAUUUUAUUCUAUCAUUCAGCAUUUCACAAGUGUUGUUUUGAAAGAUAGGACUAGGACAGCUUUGUUCUCAUUGCCUUUGACUGGUCAAAUUAUGGUGGUCUUUACACCUACAUAAACUGCAAGUUUAUUGCUAUGAUGUUGAGUUUCGAAUUAUGUUUGAUGAGAUAAUAAUUUUUAGAAUUACAAUCUCACUGUCUUUUUAAAAUAAAUACUGUUUAGUAGGCA